AAGCUUUCUAGAUUAUUACUUGAGUGUGGAGUCCCUUUCGUUCAUCUCAAUGUAAAAACCCCUAAAAAUGAAACAAAUUUACCUGGCCUUAAAGCAUGGCAGAUACCUAGAGGUGUUCACCAGAGAAACAUAGGCUUGAAUUGGUUGCGGAAAAAUAAACGACUUGGAAUUGAUAAUGGCGUACUGUAUAUAGCCGACGACGAUAAUGUAUACGAUCUCCGUUUAUUUAAGGAGAUGCGAUAUACCAAGCGUGUGUCAACUUGGCCUGUCGCAUUUGCUGGGGAAAUGCCAGUUGAGGGCUGCGUGACCACAGCUGAUAAUCCUGAUUCAGUCUCAUACUUUCGCCAUGUGGUCGCCCCAUGGCGUCCUUUUCCGAUUGACAUGUCCGCGUUUGCUGUUAAUUUGAAUCUAGUUCUUUCUCAUCCAAAUGCCUUGUUUCGAUUCACCACAAUUCCUGCGAUGCAAGAAUCAAUAUUCUUACGCGCCCUGGGCAUAAACGACUCUAAUGAAUUCGAACCUAAGGCAAACGGAUGCACGGAGGUGGGUUAG